UGACAGUCGCCUCACUGUCAGGCUGGAACCCUUUGAAUCUCGAGACACACUGGCAACUUUUACGCAACAUUGACCGUGCUAUUUAUUUCGAGAAACUUCCAGCCCUAUCUCCCACACGUCACCGUGCGGAAUCUUUAAAGGGUCCGUUGACUGAAUAAAAUGGCAAGGUAUAAAGGAUCAAGGAGUUUGAGCAGCAUGAACACACAGUCACCAAUGGUAGAUAUGGUCAAUAAUAACGAUCCUCUACCGCCAGGAUGGGAAAUAAAAAUUGACCCACAGACAGGAUGGCAUUUUUUUGUGGAUCACAUUAAUCGCACAACAAGCUGGAAUGACCCAAGACACGAUUUCAAAAAGGUCAGCCAGCUGUCUCAAAAUGGCCCCAGUGUGCCCCCAGAGCCGAGUCCUCAGGAGAUGCAGAAGGCCUUCGUGAGAGACAUGAAGCACCCCACCCUCCGUCAGGGUUACAUCCCAAUCCCAGUCUGCCAUGAAGGCGGAGACAUCCGUCAGCAACAGCAACACCAAUGUUUCCCGUACAUCCAGCCGACUGCUCUGCAAAAUGUACGAGCAGACGGACGGACACCCUCCCCCACCCCGACGCUCCACUGCAGGCCUAGAUCUCCUUUGCAGGGUCCCUCCGAGAGCACUACCCCUGAGCCCUACAUGUCCUGUUCGCCUAGUUCACAAGAACCUGAGGGCCACCCCUUCCACCAGCCCCCACGACCCAGCAGCACAGGCCUCCAGGCAGGUUACAUCCCCAUCCCAGUGAUCCACGAGAGGGCCGGAGGUCACCCACAACAGGCCCCUGUCAACUCCGCUCUCUACACCCAGCGCUUUCCGGCUUACUCAGAGCACCAUCCCUCCUUCCACCACCUACAACCAGAGGACUGGAGCGGUCAUCAUGGGCCCACGCCUUCUUCCCGGGACCGUGCCUCCCCCUCCCCGAGCGUGCUUCCCCAGCACCGUGAGACUGCCGCCAUCCAUAUCCCUCCGCAUAUGAGGAGCCAGUCUCCCCUCAGUGCCCAGGUCAUUACAGAGAGACCACAGGUCCAGGUCCGCCAUCACCAUGUCCCACAGAGAGAAUCACCCCACAGAAUGGAGCAGGAGCAGGAGAUCUCUCAGUAUCCCCAAACAGUGCAGAGAGAGGCUGACACACAUCAGCUUCAACAGCCACAGAUGUCACAACAACCACAACAACAGCCACAGCAGCCACAACAAUACCAACAACCACAACAAUACCAACAACCACAACAUCAACAACAGCAGCCACAACAGUACCAAAAGCCACAACAACCACAACAAUACCAACAAUCUGAACAGUACCAACAACCACAACAGCCACAACAGUAUCAAAAGCCAGAAAAAUACCAACAACCUGAACAGUACCAACAACAACCACAACAACAACCACAGCCACAACCGCAGCCGAAACAGACAGCAAACAUCACAGUCCAGAUGCCCCCGAAACCAGAAGCCCAGGAGCCAGUGGAUGCUCCUGCUCCACAGGAGGUCCCGCCCACAAAAGCAGAAAACGAGUCCACCGCUCAGUGUCACCCAGGCUUGGCUAAAGUACAAAAGAUAGUGGAGAGAGUGGCGAAACUGGAGCAAGAGGUGAAAUGCUUUGAUGGGAAGAAGAACGAUAAGAGGUACUUGCUGCUGGAGGAGCUGUUGACCAAAGAGCUUUUGGCAUUGGACUCAGUGGACCCAGAGGGGCGUGUGGAUGUGCGACAGGCGCGACGUGACGGAGUCCGGAGGGUCCAGACCAUACUGGAUGCACUGGAGAUGCUGGAUGAGCGGACAUCGGAGCCAGUCAGUGAGUCCUCGAUGGAGGGCGAGAGCCCGCCACAGAAAGGAGAGCAGCCAGGUACGAUCAGCCAAGCGAAUGUGCAGAUGGCCAGGGAGAUCUCAUAAUGACUGCUUUAUUAGAGUGAAGAGAUGAGAAACGUCAUCAAAUAUGACGUGGAAAUAGGCUGCUCCCAAUGCUCCCUAUACCCCCCUUUCUACGGCAGAUAUCACAUAUGAACUAUAAGAUGCAUGUUUGCUUAAUUUCCAGUGUUGGUAUUGUCUGGUAUUCACCACAUAUGUGAUGGUGGUAUCUGAGUGCAACAUGUAUUCAAUUAUGUUUAGCCACUGUUGUUGCCUUUUGCUGUGCCAAUGUCUUUUUGCAAGACCAUUGUCAUGUUCAGUGUGUUAAAGACACAUGCAGACUGGAGAUGAUCUAAGAGGCCUUUAUCCAUUUAUAUUGGAAAAUACUAUGAAAAUAGCUUCUUUAAAAAAUAUUUUUUACAUCUAUGUUGUUGCCUUCGGACCAUGUGACGUGGUUGUUGUAAAGUUGUUCAAUACAUAUUCAAUAAGAGAACACUGGUUGGUAUGUAUAGAGUAGGCUACAUCUCUCUAUCUAAGAAAGGGCUUCAGUGGCUAUUGUUAGAGAUGUCUAAUAUUUCCCUCUUAGUUCUAAUCCACUACUUUGAGAAACAAUAUUUACCUCAGAUUCCAUAUGAAGAAAUGGGAUAAAUGUUAGUGAUUGUUAAUGACUCAGUCAGAGAAAAGUAUUUAUUUUUGGGCCUCAGGUGACAAAGAGCCACUUGAGGGCAGAAUCUUCCUUUUCUUCCUCUCAAUUAUUUUCCCAAAAAUAUGAGUUAUUUAACACACACCCAACAAAUUAUAUGGUUGAUAGAGUUACUUUGGGUUUCAUUAGUUUCAGCCUGUAGGUGCAUUGCCUAUUUUGGGGUCUUGGCACUUAUUUCACCAUUAUAAUAUGUUUAUAUUUCAUUUAGAAUUAUUAGGGAACUUGAUAUGUUACAUUCAACAAUUACAUCCAGUCACCUUUGAUUCAAGUAAGAUUUUAAAUUGGUAGAAUGUUUUACAACAUUUUUACAUUUGUAAUUUCACUUGUAAUGUUAUUUAAGGAAAGGAAUUAUUGAUGAAUUUAAGAAUGCAUUUAGAAAUGUUGGAUGUGAGCUGCAUAACCUCAUGAGAUGUGAGACUAUCAGCAUCAGCUGCUAAUCAAGAAUAACAAUUCAAAGGGUCAAUGUAAAAGUAGGCUUUGUUUAUCACAGCUUGUGCAUUGCAGGUUGUUGCAGUGUUGACAGCUUGGAGUCACGUUGGCAUGGUUGCAAAUAAAAUGAUUUAUUUUGA